CGUUACUCUGGCAACGCUUGGAGCGGUUUUCUUCGGUUGUCGCCGUUUAGCUAGGAAGUUUGGAAAAUAUCAAAUUUGAUGCCAAAAAUAAGCUCAGACUCGCUAUGGGAGCAGGCUGCGGCGGAGGUCCACAGUCGGGAGGCUGAAGGUGGAGAGGACGAAGGAGAGACGGUCAGCGAGAGGACCGUGUUUCUGAUGGGGAGCAAGGCUGGGGGUAAAACGUCCAUUCUCCUCAGAUGCCUCGACAGGGAUGAACCUUCCAAGUCAACUCUGGCGCUGGAGUAUACUUUCGGCAGACGGGCCCGAGGACACAACACACCCAAAGACAUAGCGCACCUAUGGGAGCUGGGAGGAGGGGUCUCUUUGUCAGAGCUAGGUCAGAUCCCCAUCACACCUGUUAGCAUCAGAUCUCUCUCUGUCAUCCUCAUUCUGGACCUGUCUAAACCCAACGCCCUGUGGGGAACCAUGGAAAAGCUGCUGCAGGCAGCACAAGCUCAGUUCGAGAAAGUCUCUUCCCAGGCACAAAAAGCACAGAAAGCCAAACCUGGAGCCAAACACCAGACGCCUGUCCACUUAGCAGCACGCGUCUUACCUAAAGACUAUCCCGACAGAGAGCUGAUCAGUCCCUUUCCUGUUCCUCUGCUCAUCAUCGGCAGCAAAUAUGACAUCUUCCAGGAAUUUGACUCUGAGAAGAGGAAGGUGGUUAGUAAAACACUGCGUUUUAUUGCUCACUACUACGCAGCCUCUCUUAUUUUCACGAGCAUCAAAACGGAGAGCCUAAUGUCAAAAACCAAGAGCUUCUUUUCCCACCUGGCUUUCGGCCUGGACAGAGGGAAAACUAUGUGCUGUGACUCCACCAAGCCUCUCAUCAUUCCAGCAGGCUCUGACUCCUUCAGCCAAAUCGGUUCUCCUUCUUCUACUGAUGUAGACAUUACUUCUCUGCAUGCAAAAAACCCAAAGGACCUCUGGAAGAAAGUCUACGAGCGUGUCUUCCCCCAAGAGAACACCAGCGAGCAGAGGGAACUAAAGGAUCCAACCAAAGACCCACAGUACUGUGAACCUCAGAUUGAUGGCAUGAGAGCACAGAAAGACCAGGAGUUGGAGCAGUAUAAGAGGGAUGCAGCGAAGUCCUGGAAAGGACUGGAACUGGAAACAUGAAAGAUAAUAAUAAGCUUUCUGCUCACACACUCUUAUUAAUGUUAAUACUUUAUACACUUUAUUUUGUUCCUUUUGUGUCAUUGUGUCUUUUUUUAAACCUAACAAAACUACUUGUAUAUUAAAGAUAAACGUGUUCUAAGAAAUAAACAAUUUGACAUUA